AUGGAGUCACAUAAAUUCUACCUGCUGGGAGAAUCUCCUGCGUCUACAAGGACUAUCAGCUUUCAUAAAGAUGCCUCAUUGGAGGAUGUGAAAGAUGUCAUCGCUUCACACUUUGCGAUAGUUGUUCCUGGAGGUAUUGCUUUCGACCGCAACGGCACUGCAGUAACAGAAGUUUCGGACAUAUUGUCCUCAGAAGAUGCUGUCGCUAUCACCAUCGAUGGCCACGCAGUGCGGGACGCGCCAGGUCCUAAGGGUCUUCCCUAUGUAGGAAACUUCUUCGAAGUGUUUCCUGAUCAUCUAGGCAACCAUCAACGACUCUUCGACCACUAUGGCCCGCUGUUCAAGACGACCAACAUGGGCCGUACUGUUUACCAUAGCAAUGACCCAGAAAUUGCCGCUAUUGCCUUCGCGGAAUCAGACUUCUUCACAAAGAAGAUCAAUGAGAGUCAUCCACUCUUCGGCAUCAAGCAACCACAGGCUGGCGUGUUCCUGGGCGACACAGACACACCUGAGUGGCGGGUGACACACAAGUUUCUCCCUCCUGCACUGGGACCGAAAGCUGUGAGGCACUACGCUCCGACGAUGCAGCAAACCAUCGAGGAGGCCUACAAAGUGUUUGACCAUUUUGACGAGCAAGGACAGUCUUUCAAUGCGUACAUCUACAUGCUGAAGCUCGGCUCUCAAGCUGUGGCAAAACUCACUCUCGGCGUUGAUCUGGAGCACUUCUCAUCGCCGAAUGCACCGGUGCACGAGAUCGUACGAUUGAUCGCGGAGACGCUGACGCUGAACAAGAAGGUUACAUCUUGGGGUAGCUGGUAUGCUUCAUUGCCAUUUGGCGACCCCAAGGCGUUGAAGACCAAGCAAAAGCGUAUGGAAGAGAUCAUUAUCAAAGCUGUCGAGGAUGCCGAACGCGGUGGCACCUCCGAUCUCCCACUUCAGGACGCCGCCCUCACAGCAAAGAACAUGGUGGACUAUGCUCUUCGAGCAACAGACAACAAAGGCGAAAAACUCCCCCUCACAUCCAUGGCGCAUGCCCUCGUGGUCGCCACAGGCGCCGGCUUCACCACUACCUCCUCGCUCCUCUCAUGGCUUCUCUACGGAAUCGUCACCUACCCUGGCGUCCAAGAGAAUCUUCUCCAGGAACUAGUCGACAACGGCUUCACCGACGACAUGGAGCUCACCUCCGACUUCACAGACAAGCUUACCUACCUCGACCGCUUCAUCAAAGAAACACAGCGCCGACACAAUCCCUCCUUCCAGCCCGGCCGCACCGCAAAGGCCGACAUGAUCCUGCCCGGCGGAUAUAAGCUGCCGAAAGACUCCGUCAUCAUCCCAGCGCUGCACCAUAUCCACAACAACCCUGCGCUGUGGGACAACCCUGCGAAGUUCGACCCUGAGCGAUGGAACACACCCGAAGUCAAGAACAGACACAAAGCUGCGUAUAUACCGUUCGCAGCGGGCCCACGCAUGUGUAUUGGAUUCAACUUUGCAUUGCAGGAGGUGAAAAUUUUCUUGCCGAAGUUGAUUUGGCGGUACCAUUUUAGCAAGGAUGGGGAUGACACGAUCGAGUAUGACCCUAUGUUCCAGCUGAUCCGGCCUAAUAAUCUGUAUGUCAGAGCGGAAAGGCGGGGGAAGUGGCCGCCAAAGACGGAGAAGGCGGAUUCGGUCAUCGAGACGGUUAUGGAGCAACCUUUGGAGCCGACGCAAGUGGACGCUUGA